AUGAAUUCAUUUUACUGCACCAAAGAUCCUAUUACUGUUAUUGAGGAAGGUAAUUGGCCAAGUGGGAACUAUUGUAUUCUGAAGCGUGGGAGAACAUGCCCUGAUGGAGCUUUCAAGAAUGGAUAUGUUUUUUGGGAUGACGAGGAUUCGGCAAAUAGAAACAGUGCAGGGGGAGAAUUACCGAGUGGAAGAUUUGGCACGAAUACAAGAAUUGACUACUGCUGCAGAAGUGACGGUUCCUAUUCAACAGCAAUUCCCCUUCCAACAUUUACGCCAUUUUAUCUGUUGAGAUACACCAGCUUCUGCCAACAGGUCAAGGGAAUGCACGUGAGAGAAGAAAUCGUUUAUACAGAUGAUGAGGACGACAACAAUAGCAAUAAUGUACAUGGAAGUCAUCUACACGGACCAGUUAACGGACAACCGAACCACAGCAUCUACUAUUGUUACUAUUGGUCAUUGUAA